AUAUACUGAAAUGAAGGCAGGCGGAGCUCAUAUCGACAGUGGGCUUCUAUUAUAAGUAUUUGUUUUGGUGACAGACUCCUUCAGUUCUUAAGUUGUCCGUGAAUAUGGCGCUUGUUUGGAGCAGCAUACUCAUACUUGUGUUUGUGCACUUUGCCGUGUCUCAAAGAUUUGUUCCCUCUCGAUGUGGCAAACCAACCAAAUAUCCUGACAAGCAGCUGCUCAGAAAAUAUCUCCAAAGAGUAGAGUUCAAUCAUGGAGAAAUAGUGUUGUAUAUAUGUGCCCCGGGUUACGAACCAUUAGCAAGAAGAACAACACAACAUUUUCACCAAAAAAAAUGGAAAACCUUGAACAUGGAAUGCCAAAAGAAGAAGUGCAAUGCGCUUGGUGACAUAGAGAACGGGCGAUACGAUCAAGAAGGGCGAUCAUUGGGUGAUAAAGCCAUUGCUGUGUGUAAUGAAGGAUAUAUUUUGAGAGGAGAAGGAGUCCGUAUGUGCACAGAAAAAGGUUGGAAUGGGACGGACCCCAUCUGUGAGGUGUCAAAGAUCAUCUGUUCUGCACCUGCUGUGGCAAACAGACUGAUAAAUCCUGGAGAAAGGACACAGUACGCACCCCAAGACACUGUUAACAUCAUCUGCAGUGAGGGAUUUGAUCUGAUUGGCUUGCCACAGGUCACAUGUGGAAGAGACGGCCAAUGGCAAGAUUUACCUGUGUGCUCAAAAGUGAUCACCUGUUCAGCACCUGCUGUGGCAAAUGGGAGGAUACAACCUGGAUCUAGGGUGUACAAACCCAAAGACUCUGUAGACAUCACCUGUAGUGAGGGCUUUGAUCUGAUUGGCCCAGCACAGGUUAUGUGUGGACCAGACGGCCAAUGGCAGGCCUUGCCUGAGUGUCGCCUGAAAAGGAUUACAGUGAUCACCUGUUCAGCACCUGCUGUGGCAAACGGGAGGAUACAACCUGGAUCUAAGGUGUACAAACCCAAAGACUCUGUAGACAUCACCUGUAGUGAGGGCUUUGAUCUGAUUGGCCCAGCACAGGUCAUGUGUGGACCAGACGGCCAAUGGCAGGCCUUUCCUGAGUGUCGCAUGAAAAGGAUUACAGAUAAAUGUGGUCCAGCUCCAUUAUACCCUCAUGCUUUCCCCAGAGAUGGGUCCUCCAGGCUGAAAGAGUAUCGGUCUGGUGCUUACAUUCGCUACAAAUGCAGUAUAGGAUACGGGCGGGUCAGAGGAAGUACCAUUAUACGCUGCCAGAACGGCCAGUGGACAAAGCUGCAGCUCCAAUGUGAAAGGAAGAAAUGUGGAUCUGCUGGAGAGAUUUCCAAUGGCCAUUUUGAGUACACAGGCAUUUUGUUUGGAGAUUCGGCUACAGCCGUCUGUGAAGAAGGGUAUGAGCUGAUUGGCUCAAAAGUGCAGAUCUGCAGGGACGGAGGCUGGGACGGAAGGAGCCCUGUUUGUGAACCUGUGCACUGUCCUCCACCUCCAGAGGUCAAGGGUACUGAGAUACUUGACCCCAUAUAUGACCAUGUUCCCUUCGGUCACGUGAUGUCCUAUCACUGCCGUACUGGAGCUUUGAUCGGUGAGAGAGAGAUUUACUGCACCAAGACCGGCACC